AUGUCGCUGAGAGGCAGUGAACAGCAGCACAGGGAGUCUAAACAAGACGUCCACACGAAUAGCGUCAAUGGUGUGAAUAUAAGAGAUGUCAACUCAACAAAUAUCACUCAAAGUGAUGGCAAAACCAAAGAAACGGGAUUUCCUUUAAAUAAAAGCAGUAAAAAUUGGGAUAAAUUGAGGAUAAAAUCAAUGAAAAGUCAAAACAACAAUAGAGAUGAUACUCAAAGAAUGACGAAAUGCGAGGAAAGAGUGGUUUUAAAAAAUUCAAAAGUCUUUACCAGAACUUUGUCUGACAUUCAAGGAGUGAGUUCUUCAAAGAAACCAAAUGUUACACAAUUGCUAUCAAUUAUCAAUUCAGGUCACGAGUUAAGCCGCAAACAAUGCGAUACAAACACCAGACUAUCUUUAAAUGCUGACCGCACAGGAAGCCAAUCAGUACCGGAUACUAGAGGACAGUCAUCUAAAGGUAGUGAAUGGAAACUAUUGAAAGGAAAAUUAGCAUUACUUCGCAAACGAAGUAAUAAAGAUGAGACAGAUAUCACUGGUAAUGACGACACAGUCAAAGAAUUAAACAUUAAUGCGGACAAACAAACAGACAAAUCAAUGGCAUCACAGUUGGAUCAGAAAUCAAUUGACACAACAUUUUCUGAAUCAAAACUCAAUAAAAAGAGUUCACCCGUAAAAGGGAUUGUUUGUAAAAAAGUGGAUUUAAUGCAUAUUUUAUCGGAAGCUUCUAAAGGGAUCAAUAAUACUGUAAAAAUUAAAACGAUUGUCAAUGAUAUUGAAGAGGAAGAAAGUGUUGACACAUUAUGUGCUGCGGAUGCCAUCCAGUCUGACGUGACUUCAGGCGCCUCAACAUCUUAUGUGUUAAAUAGCGAGCAAAAGGCGUCCACAUCUUCUUCUUCUUCAUACUGUCAGUGUUUAAGACACGAGACGAAAGAGACGACGACUAAUACAAAGGCUGGCACUGAAUGUCACGAAUGCUGUGAACGAGAAAAUUGCUCUAAAAAUCGAUACAUUCCUAACAUUAUAUUAACAAACAGUAAUUCAACAAAUAGUUGUGAUAUUUCAGUAAAAUCUAAUUCAAAUGAUAUGUUUGUCCAAAAUGAUUGUGCGAUUGAAUUAAAGACAGAACCAAACAGUAAAUGCAAAGUCAAAAUGAGAGGAAAAAUUGCAUUCAAUGAAACUAAUUUAGUGAACACUAGAGAUAUUACUACUGAUGAUAAUAUUAGUGGUUUUAAUGAGAGCAAUGAUACCAAUGCUUGUUCAGCACAGGCUGUUCAAUGGGAUGAUAUUAAUUUGGAUCCUUUAUUAUUAGGCGAUGCUAUCCAAGCAUUUCUCCAGGGGUUGGGUAGCAAUACGACAGCCAAUGUCUCAACUAAUGAGAAGAGAAAAUCAAUAUUUUUGUUGGCAUUGUUUCACAUCUGUCAUCAUUUGUCGGUAGUGUUGACCAGAGAGCCGAACGUAGCGAACGACCAAAGAAAUUUGGAUCAACUCAUUGAUCUACUUGAACAACAAGACAGAUAUAUUCAUCGGGGUAUAGCCAGCGGUCGGUUGGAUGCCAUGGAUAAGAGUGAUUCAGAUGACGACGAUAUCUUCGGCAAAGUACUAUUGCAGGACUUGAAAUCUAUGGAAGAUGAGAUAAAGAUACCGGAGGAAGAUUAUAGUGAUGCUCCGUAUCCACCCGGAUAUCCACCGGGAGAAGGACCUGAAGAGGGACCAGAAGAAGGUUCAGAAAGAGGUCCAGAAGGAGGUUCAGAAAGAGGUCAUGAAAUAAGUUCAGACAAUGAUCCGCAAGUCAAUGAAAUCAAUGAACGUCAAGACACCGCUCCUGAAGAUGAAAAUCAAAGUGAGAUUUUGCGUAACAAUGACGAGUACACAACAAUAAGUCCAGAAGAUUAUGAAGAAACCAAUGAAAGUCCACCGCAUUUAGUGAAUCAAAUGCAGCAAACAAUGUCUAAUGAAGAGCCGAUAAGAAGACGAAAAAAAUUUAGACCAAAUUCAAUACAAGACUCCAUCAGAGAUAUUACUAACAAUUUUGAUUCACAAAGAGUAAUGUCGACACCAAAACCAACAAAUGAAAUUAUAUACAAAGAUGAUAUAAACGAUUCAUUAAAAGGUCAGCUAUUAUUUGAUGACACAACAGAUAAUGACAACGAUUUUCCAGCAAAAGUCUUCUCUUCAGAUAAUAAUAGUCACAAAAAUAAUAAUAAAUUUCUAGAAAAAGAUUUUAGUCAAAGACAACCCAAUUAUAAAUUAAAUAAUAAUAAAAGUUACGAUACUUUUAAUUCACCAGAAAAUCCAAUUCAACGUAAAAAAGAAUUAAAUGAUAAAAACAAUAUUUUGGUUAAUGAUGACGAAAAUUAUGAUCCAUUUGGCGACAAAUAUAUGAUCAAUCAAUAUAAGGAUCAAUUUCCCAAUAGUGUUCAAAAUAUAAAACAGAUGACCAAAAGUCUUGACCAAAACUAUGAAAAACUUGAACCUAAAGAUAAGUCAAUUAAGACAACACACAAUAGUAAUGAUAGCGACAAUCAGUCAUAUCUUUUAAAUAACAGACAUUAUGAUAAAAAUAUAGAAGAAAAAUAUGAUAAACCAAUUGACAAACAGAACAGACAUCCAAACAAAGGGUUUAGCGGACCAAAUGAUCACAUUCUUAGUCAUGAAGAUAAUCACCCAUACAAUGGUAAUAACGGCGUCGAUGGCAAUGAUUAUGAUAAUGAAAAUGCAGAUCAACAACAAAACAAUAAUUCACCGGAUUAUCACUCACUUUAUAAUAUGGAUAAUAUAAAUGAUAAAACUAAUAAAGAUUACAAAAGCAACAACAAUGAACAACAAUUGAGACCCGAUAUACAUGACAGUCAAUCCCCACCACCUGGUUAUCAUAGACCACCUGUUGAAGAAUCCAUACCAAGUGAUGACAUCAUUCAAGAGGAUCCGGAAAUUGAAAAAAUUCACAAUAAAAAUGAGAUUCAAACAAAUCCUACAGAUUUUCACCAAACAAAACCCGAGAUCGGUUCCGGGGAUAAAAUAAUGAAGUAUUAUGAGGAUCAGUCAAAAGUAGACAGUCGUAGACUGGCAUCACAUGCCAUUCAAGAAGGACUACAAAAUCACAAUAAAACAAAAAGAGACACAAAAAGUGUAGAGUUUAGUGAUAUUACCAAUGAAACACUUGUCACGGAUGAAAAUAAACAGAUCGAUAGACUAAUGACAUUAAAUGACGAUUUAGAAGCUGAAGAAUGUAAGAAAAAGACUAAAAAAGUUAAACAAUUGCCAAAAACGUAUCGUCAAAGACCUAAUAGUGGUUCCCGAGAGUUCCAACAAAUACAAGAAUAUCAUUCAAACACACCUAUGAAUGACGACGAUCCGACACCCGAUGACCACAUAUCAGAUGAACCUAUUUUUAAUUCAGGUCUUACCUCUAAUGAGCCGAAAUCUGAUGAAUGGGCGACUAAUCAGCGAAAGAUAGCCGAAGACGAGUUUAAGAGGAAAGUAGAGGAACAAAGAAUAGCUGAAAGAUCUCCGUGCGAUCAAAUUUCAGAUAAUAUGCAUUCACCUAAUAGUAAAUCAAAUUCAGACCAUCAAAAAGGUCGUAAAAGUAGUGGACAGUCUGCUAAAGAUAUUUCUAAUAGUUUUAUACAUCAAAACAAUGAUAAUAAUAAACACCAUACCUCAACAUAUAAUAAUAAUAAUGGAAAUAAUUAUUACAGAUCUCAAUUGCAAUCAAAAAAUAAUAUGAAAACUAAUAAUAAAAUGAAUAAUGGCAAUGAAUAUAUGAGACCAGAUAGUAAAAGUCCAGAUAUUUAUGACAGUCCUCCUCCACAACAGUCUCCGCUGCCAAACAAGCCAUGCGAUCAAAAGCAAAGUUCUCUAAAUAAUAAUAAUGAGGAUUAUAAUGAAUCAGAUUAUUAUAAUAAUGGUAAUAACAACGAUAAUAAUGCUGAUCCACAUAAUGAACAAUUGGAUAAUAUUCGGCCAUAUCAUGGAAGAAGACAAACAAAUUAUAAAAAGCCUGAUGAGAGUCCACAAGAAUUGAAUUAUGAAACUGAUAGUGAAUCAAAUGAUGGUAUGGAUAGUGAUAGUGAACAACAACCACCUCCUCAAUCAUCUUCGGAUACUGAAGAUCACAAUUAUAAUGGUUAUGAUUAUUACAAUCAAAAUAGUCCUUUAGAUAAACCAAAUAAUGAAUCCAACGAAGAUCACCCUUAUUAUCAUCUAAACAGUGAUUUAAGACCACAAAAUGAUGCUAAUGUUGGACAUGAUUAUUCUUACAGCAUUAACCACAGUGGAGGUGACAGCAAUCAAAUGGAUAAACCGAUGAGCAGACAUGAACACGACUUUCCCAGGAAGCAGUCGAUUGAGACACAACAGGCCAAAGGAUAUUUGGGUACAUUAUCUCAAUUACCAAACAAUUUUGAAAGUCUAAUAGCAAGCGAUCAAUCAUUUUUAGAUUCACUGAAUCCCAGCAUUUAUAACAAAACGUCAUCGUCUGGACCGUCAUCUGAACCGAUUGACGACGACUAUGACUACUAUCAUACAAAAGAUAAAAGCGAAACUGACAGUCACACCAAAACACCACAUCAAUCAUCCGCACCUUCAGCUGACACACCAUAUGAUGAACCGGAAUAUGAGUCCAGAAAGCAAACACCGCCUUCAUAUGACUCGCAUUCAGAUAAUGAUAACAAUGAUUAUCCACAGUCUGACACAUAUUCACCGAAUAAUUCAAAUUCAUUACCUAAUCAUUCACCAACUGAUUUGCAUAAUGAUGACUACGACAUGGAUUCAAUUCAUGGCAAUCAUAUAAAUCCAAAUCAAUUUAGUCAUCAGAGUCAGGGUUCAAGAGAUGAUGAAUCAAUGAGAAAAAUGUUGACAAAUAUGGAUACAAUGAGAUUCAUCGAAAAUCUAAUAAAAUCAUUACCAACUAAUCCAAACCAAAAACAAAAUAAUACCGAAAAUCAAGAGAUUAAUGAAGAAUCGUUUGUUAAUUCAUUGCGAGGUUCGUGUAGUUCUCAUAUAUUAACAAUACUUCCGUUAAGAGCCAAGAAUAUCGGCGGUCAGUGGAAAGUAAUCACUCAAUUGAAUGGUUUUGUUGAACAAAGAGUUAAUCUCACAAAAUGCAGCGAUCAAAAAGAGUGCGAACCGAUUGCCCGACAAUUUUCGUCAAAAUAUAUGCUGCUCCUUUUAGGUCUAAACAUUUUCAAAGUUGCAAAUCAAUUGAUUAACGGUUCUACAGAUGAUAACUUAUCUCCACUGUUUGACACUAAUUUGGUACCAAAAUCACAAUUAGAGAAUUACAAUGAUUUUGAUGACUCCGAGUAUAUGGAUAUUAACGAUGACUUUGAAAAGACAAACGAAGAAUCAAAUGAAGACAUGACUGAUAAAGACUAUAAAGAAGAUGAGACCCCUGACUGUGCGUCUGACCAUUCCUUCUGCUUUUACGACCACAACUAUCCCGAGAAACAAAUAAGGAGUUCAAUUGACCGACAAAUGGAUAUUUUAACGCAAAUACUACCCGAAUCUGCGGAAACGUUUGAUUUAGUGGACGGCAUUCCCAAAGAAGUGGAUGAAAAUUUUAUAUACAGUGAUGAAGACAACAAUUUACAGAACGACGAUAACUCAGACCAGAGUUUGUCGUCAACCGAUAAUUUGCAACAAACAACUGCUGGUUAUAUCUGUCCUUCAUAUGUAUCAUAUAUACAACCGAUGCGGGCUCUCAAUAAUGAUGGCUUCUGGAGAGUUAUACUAAAUUUGAAUGACUCCUAUCGGGGUAUUGACAUUAAACAACAUAUCCGUAUCGAGGAAUGCAUGUAUGAGUCGAGUGAAUGUCAUACAAGUGUUAACAACUAUUAUAAAUCUUCAUGUAUUCAAAAGUAUAGCAAUGAGCGACUUCUUGUCUGGACUGCCGAUAGAGGUAUCCAUUUGGAUGUCUUCCGAUUGCCAAUUGCUUGUUCCUGUCAUUUGACACCAAUUGGUAAUUAA